AUGACUCUUUUAUUCUUCUUCUUCUUCACAGCCACCACCAUCCCCACAACACCACACGUUCAUGGUGGUAGUGAGAGAAAUCCUCACUUUCUCUCUCUAAAUAACUCUCUUAUCUCUCUAGAUCUUUCGCCCAAAUUCACUACGUUGGCGGAGAACGAGCUUGCGAACGCGUUGGGAGUGACGGAUCGAGCUUUCGUGCGCCCAUUGGAGCUGCGUGCUUUCGUCUCGGCGUUCACAUUUUGGUAUUCUGACGCGUUGGCGAAGUCGGUUUGGCGAUACGACGAGACUACGCGAAGAUAUCGGAGAAAAGGUAUGUUUUGGUACAAAUUGCCGCAGCUCGCGGCGAAAGCUUCCAAAAAUCACGAAAUCGAAACCCUAGCCUCUGGUAGCAUUAAAAGGGCCGUGUGCGAGCGUUUCGGGGGAGGAUCGCGGUAAUGGCGUAGCACCCUAGCUAGCUAGUAGAGUUUCCUAUUUGCACUAGAGCACCCUCGUGUAUAUGUUUAUAGACAUAAUAUAUUUUGGAUAGCUAGCAUUAUGGUUGUGAGAGGAUCAUGUAUUCAUUUUGGGAGAUGAAAAUGUAAAUCAAAUCAAUGUUGAAUGUGAUGUAAUAGUUAGAUGUA